UGGUAGCUAUGGGUACUUCCCCAUGGAUGUUCCUGAUCCUGGGAUGUUUUCUCACAGGACCAUUCCUAACAUUUUGCCAGCUUCCUCUGCCGACUAUUGUUCCCAAUAGGAAUGAAAUGGUGGUACAGCUGAAUUCCAAUUUCACGCUCAAAUGCUCUGGAGACAGCGAAGUGAGCUGGCAGUACCCAGUGACCGAGGGAAGCCACAGGAUAGACAUUAGACAUGAAGAAAACAACAGUGGCCUCUUCGUGACGGUGCUCGAAGUGGGAAAUGCCUCAGCCGCUCAUACGGGCUUGUAUGUUUGCUAUUAUAACCACACUCAAGUGGAGGAUGGGGAAGUGGAAGGGAAGGACAUCUACAUCUAUGUGCCUGACCCAGACAUGCCUUUUGUUCCUUCUAUACCGGAAGACCAGUUCAUCCUAGUGGAAGAAGGUGAUCCCACCGUUAUCCCUUGUCGGACAAGUGACCCAAGUGCUGAAGUGACUUUAAUCAACAGUUUAGACAAGGCCGUCUAUGCUUUCUAUGACAGCAAACAAGGCUUCAUAGGGAAUUUCCCUGCGGGCUCGUAUACAUGCAAGACAAUGGUUAAGGGCAUGGAAUUCAAGUCCGAUGAGUUCCUCAUCUAUAUUUUAAGAGCUACUUCACAGCUACCGGUUGAAAUUGAAGCUCUUAAAACUGUCUACAAAACAGGCGAGACCAUCGUAGUGACUUGUGUGGUCUUUGACAAUGAGGUGGUUAAUUUACAGUGGAAUUAUCCUGGGAAAGUGAAAGAAAAAGGUCUGAUAAAACUUGAUGAUAUCAAAGUCCCAUCGCAGAAGCUGGUUUACACCUUGACCAUUCCUGAGGCAUCAGUGAAAGACACAGGGGACUAUGAAUGUACUGCACGGCAUGCAACCAAGGAGGUUAAGGAAAAUAAGAAAGUAGUCAUUACAGUUCAUGACAAAGGCUUUAUUCACCUGGAGCCUCAGUUUAGCCCUCUGGAAGCUGUCAAUCUACACGAAGUCAAAAACUUCGUUGUCGAUGUGCAGGCAUACCCAGCACCAAAAAUGUACUGGUUGAAGGAUAACGUGACUCUGAUUGAAAAUCUUACUGAGAUUGUUACUAGUUCCAACAGAGUCCAGGAAACAAGGUUUCAGAGUGUAUUAAAAUUAAUCCGGGCCAAGGAAGAAGAUAGCGGGUACUAUACUUUGGUUGUUGAAAAUGAAGACGACCUUAAAAGAUACACCUUCUCCUUGCUAAUACAAGUUCCAGCCCUGAUCUUAGACCUCAUGGACGACCACCACGGCUCUGCAGGGGGGCAGACGGUGAGGUGCCUGGCGGAGGGGACCCCGCUUCCGGAUGUGGAAUGGCUGGUUUGCAAGGACAUUAAAAAGUGCAGCAAUGACACCUCAUGGACUCUUUUGACUAACAAUAUCUCUGAUAUACACAUGGAAGCCCACUUAGAUGAGAAAAAUAUGGUGGAAAGCCAGGUGACCUUUCAGAAAGUAGAGGAAACCCUGGCUGUGCGAUGCGUGGCGAGGAACGACCUUGGUGCUGUUACUCGGGAACUGAAGCUUGUGGCUCCCACCUUGCGAUCAGAACUAACGGUGGCGGCUGCAGUCUUAGUGCUGUUAGUGAUUGUGAUAAUUUCACUGAUUGUCCUGGUCAUCAUCUGGAAACAGAAGCCGAGGUAUGAGAUAAGAUGGAGAGUCAUUGAAUCUAUCAGCCCCGAUGGCCACGAAUACAUUUAUGUGGACCCAAUGCAACUGCCUUAUGAUUCCAGAUGGGAGUUUCCUCGAGACGGGUUAGUGCUUGGUCGAAUCCUUGGUUCUGGUGCUUUUGGAAAAGUAGUGGAAGGGACUGCAUAUGGAUUGAGUCGCUCUCAACCGGUGAUGAAAGUAGCUGUGAAAAUGCUGAAACCUACAGCUAGAUCCAGUGAAAAACAAGCGCUCAUGUCUGAACUGAAGAUCAUGACACAUCUUGGCCCCCACCUGAAUAUUGUGAAUCUGCUUGGAGCGUGUACAAAAUCAGGUCCUAUUUACAUCAUCACUGAAUACUGCUUUUAUGGUGAUUUGGUGAACUAUCUGCAUAAGAACAGGGACAAUUUCCUGAACCGACACCCAGAGAAGCCAAAGAAAGAUUUGGAUAUCUUUGGGAUGAACCCAGCUGAUGAAAGCACAAGAAGUUAUGUGAUAUUAUCAUUUGAAAACACUGGAGAAUACAUGGACAUGAAACAAGCGGAUACCACUCAGUACGUGCCAAUGCUGGAAAGGAAGGAGGGAUCUAAAUACUCUGAUAUUCAGAGAUCUGUGUAUGAUCGGCCUGCUUCAUAUAAGAAGAAAUCUAUGUCAGAAUCAGAAGUCAAAAACCUUCUUUCAGAUGACAGUUCAGAGGGCCUCAGCCUGCUGGAUUUGCUGAGCUUCACCUACCAGGUUGCACGGGGAAUGGAAUUCUUGGCUUCUAAAAACUGUGUGCACCGUGACUUGGCAGCUCGUAAUGUCCUCCUGGCUCAAGGAAAAAUCGUGAAGAUCUGUGACUUUGGGCUGGCUAGAGACAUCAUGCAUGAUUCCAACUAUGUCUCCAAGGGCAGCACUUUCCUCCCAGUAAAAUGGAUGGCACCUGAAAGCAUUUUUGACAAUCUGUACACAACAUUAAGUGAUGUGUGGUCUUAUGGCAUUCUGCUGUGGGAAAUAUUUUCUCUUG